AUGGCCGAGGGGGAGAUCACCACCUUCACCGCCCUGACCGAGAAGUUCAACCUGCCCCCCGGGAACUACAAGAAACCCAAACUCCUGUACUGCAGCAACGGUGGCCACUUCCUACGCAUCCUCCCGGACGGGAAAGUGGAUGGGACCAGGGACCGAAGCGACCAGCACAUUCAGCUCCAGCUCAGCGCGGAAAGCGUGGGAGAGGUGUACAUAAAGAGCACCCAGUCCGGGCAGUACCUGGCGAUGGACCCCACCGGGCUGCUCUACGGCUCGCAGCUGCUGGGCGAGGAGUGCCUGUUCCUUGAGAGGAUCGAGGAGAACCAUUACAACACGUAUGUCUCCAAAAAGCACGCGGAUAAGAACUGGUUUGUGGGUCUGAAGAAGAACGGGAACAGCAAGCUGGGGCCGCGGACACACUAUGGCCAGAAGGCCAUCCUCUUCCUCCCGCUGCCCGUCUUGGCCGACUAAGCCGGCCCAGGAGCGCAGAGACAACCCGAACCCCAAAACCCAACUGCUGCCUCCUCCUUUUCCCUCACUCUCUCUUUUUGGCUAGUAUGACAGAGCCAAACGUUAAAGCUCUGAACUGUAAGUAAAGGCUUUACCAACAUUAGACAAGGCAGAGCUCUUCUGCCCUGCACAAAGCUUUGCAGAGCUGAGGGGAAAAGCCCCAACACCCCCAAGGUCCCUGGCACCCCCACAGACCUGUCCUGGGCAGGCACCCAGAAACAGGGCCAAGGGGGCUCCCCAGAGACACCCCGGUGAGCAGAGAAACACAGUCUUCUACUGUCCCUGGCUAUCCUAAGGCAAAACCUCUCUGGAUACUCUGUGUUAACAUAUUUAUCCAUCUAAGUAUGUAGCUUCUAAUAUGCCCUUCAAGCUAUUUCAGACUGCGCUAGUCACGUUACCGAGUGCCGGUCUGGUUAAACACUUGCCGACACCCUCGGCAUAUUAAGCUAAACUAGCAUCAGCCAAAAGCUCCAAGCCCUUGACAUUUAGCCUCCCUUACAACACCAGUAUUGCUGUGUUACAUGCUAGUACCUGCCAUAUGUUAUUUGUAUUUAUUUAUUAAGUAAAUAUGUCUCUUCUACAA